AUGGCGACGCCUUCGCAGAAGAGGAGCACCCGCAGUGGGGCUUCGGGGACGCCCUUGUCCCCCACCCGCAUCACUCGCUUGCAGGAGAAGGAGGAUCUGCAGGAGCUCAAUGACCGCUUGGCCGUCUACAUCGAUGCCCGCAAGUCCUUGGAUUCGGGGGCCAAGGAGAGAGCUCGGCUGCAGCUGGAGCUCAGCAAAGUCCGGGAGGAGCACAAGGAGCUGAAAGCCCG